UCAAUUUGCCCCUGGACGAUUAUUUCUUUGUUUGGCACGGCUAAGCAUUUUUUCGAGGCUAGCAUAUGUGAGGUGUCGUGUUUCAGAAUGAUCAUCGCAUUCUCUGUCUUUUGGCGGUUGCGCUGAAUGUGGGCGGUUGACCUGGCGAUCAGGAUGAGCGAGUACAAAAGGCUGCCCUUUUUUCCACACUACAGAGUACGGAAUCCAUUCUUAACUCUACAAAGCCAGAUAUCAGCAAAAUGCACACCACAACCCUCCUCACUCUCCUUCCCCUCCUGGCCUUCGCAGUCCCAACCCCAUCUACAGCAACCCAAGACACAUCACAAAUAACAGCGCAGCAAAUCCAACAAAUCGCACCCAGAUCAGUCAACUGCGAUAAACCCCCCGCAAAAGGCGAAUGCGCAACAGCCGACCAAGCCGCGCCGAAUAUCGCAAAGUCCUUUGAGAACUACGGUGUCACCUCGAAAGCAGAGCAGGCUGCUGUUAUUGCGCUGAUGGCGUUUGAGAGCGAGGAGUUUCGGUUUAGUAGGAACAAGGUUCCGGGCGUUGAGGGACAGGGGACACGGAAUAUGCAAUCACCCAGCUACAACGCUAAAUACGCGUCUUCAAUCCCCGCGAUCAGCGAUAAAGUGUCUGCCGCGAACGGCGAAGCGGGACAGAUACUUGAUAUUCUCCUUGCGGAUGAAGAGUAUGACUUCGGGUCUGGGGCGUGGUUUUUGACGACGCAGUGUGAGCAGAGUGUUAGGGAGACUUUGCAGAGUGGGAGUGAGGAGGGGUGGCAGGGGUAUAUUAGUGGUUGUGUUGGGACGGAGGCGAAUGAGGGAAGGAGGAGGUAUUGGGAGAGUGCUGUUAAGGCGUUGGGGGUGAGUUCUUAGGUUUCAUUAGUUGGGUGGGUGGAUGGUGUAUAAUAGGGUUAUGUAUGUUCGUUAUUGCAUAUCAUAGACAAUCUCUACCAAAGAGUCCACGUCCUCGUACUUUGUACUCGGACUUCAAAGAACACCCUUCGUACUAACAAUAUCCCCCGC